GUUAUUAAGUUUUACUAUGAAUUUUUAAUCUUACAUUUUUUACUUAAGUUUUAUAUAAUUAAAUAUUAUAUACAAAAAUAUUUUUCUUAUAGUCUUAUACAACAACAAAAUUUAAGAAAAGGAAAUUAUCCGAUUCGCUCCUACAUUGGCGACGAAGCAGAUCAUCAUUUUUUUAAAGAAAUAUAAAUAAACUCUUUGAGAGUUUUAAUACUACAAAUUGAGUAUUAUUUGGAUUUGAAUGAAUAUUUUGAUCACUGAUUCACUGUUUGCAAUAAUCUUGGUUACCUAAAUUAUUCAAUAAGCAUUACAUCAUGAUAUGUGUGACGGACAGUUUCUUUUUUAGCCUUACAAUACAUAUCACUGGUUAAGUCAAGGUGCUUAAAAAUAAUUUCAAAACUUUUGCUGAUUGGAUACCGAGUUAGAUUAUCAAAAGAAAUUUUUCAGUUUAAUUAUGCACAGUAAACUAACUAACGCAAUUGUAAAAUUUGGAAAAUAGCUUCCAUUUUACUUCAACUUAUUUUAACUAGUGAAAGCGAUGGUUACGCUAACAAUGUAAUGUACAUGUAAAAAUUUUAUUUCAUAUUUAUUAUACAUAUUGCUACUCCCGUAUUGUAAGACUGGCUUAAUCAGCUGGUCGAAGAAAAAUCAAUAUUCAACUGGCCGCAGGGAAAAAUUAACCAGACAGAGAAGGAUCGUUUAUUUGCGACGUUUAUGCUAGUCUGAGUUUGACGUGCUAUCUGGCUUUCGUACUCGAUUGUAUUUAUGUUGUAAUAAAAUUCUUUUUGUUAGUUACAUGAGAAUUCCUUCCUUUUGCGAGUGCCGUGAAGAAGUCGUGCAUGUGCGGCGAACGCAAUAAUACAUAUAUAAUAACUCAUUAUAUAAUGUCUGACAAAACCUUAGAAAAGUUUUUGAACGUAUAGUUUUGGAAUAAUUUUUAUAUUGCAUUAUUACUGACUUGUGAAAUCGGAGCUGCGCGAGCGGAAGUGGAAAAUCUUCGUACGAGAAAUGCAAGAUUGAUUCGUUUGAACUACAAUCAGGUUAGCGACUUUUCGAGCCUUUAAGUAGAUUAUUUUAGAAACACACUUGAUCAUUGUAAUAUAUUAGAUAUAUGUAAUUUGUAGCUGGAUGAUAUUCAAGAUUUGUUUCAGCGAGAAAAUACAAGUUGUAUUUACAGUUGAACAUUGUACUAAGGUCUCCUUAAAUAAUGUUUUAAAAUGGUAAUACGGCUAUGUAAUUGGUUAAUGGCAUCUUAAAACAGUAUUUUAAGACGAUCUUAAAUAUAAGAAUCAACUAUGAAUAUCGGCCAAAGAAUCCUACAUACUUAUGAUCAUUAAGGAAUAUGGUUUCUUUAGAUCUUCAGAAUCAAACAAUAUGUAUACGAUUUUGAAACAACUACAUCAAUUAUGGAUAGUGUAUAUACAAUGUUGAAGCUCUUAAAUGCACAUUGGUGAUGAUUUAGUUCUUGGAUAAUAUUGUGCUUGCUUAUUUGGAGCGAGAAUUGGAUGCUGUGCACACAUAACAAAGGUAAUUUGAUUUUUCGACUAUGCAAGACACUAACAAAAUACACGGUAGCCUGAUACAUCUCUACCUUACUUCAUAUUAGAAGCUAAGAGUUCAUUGCGGAAAAAUCCACGAUCUAAUAUUCAUUAAUGAGUAACAGUGUAAUUAUUGAUUAACACUUUCACACAAGCACAUGCGCAUUCAUCAGAAUGACGGAUAAACGUUGGAAUGAUGACAUUGCUUACGUUUUCAACAUUCAUAAAGUAUUAUUAAAAAUAUACGGUUUAUGGCCGUUACAAACGCAAACGAUAUUCACGAAGCUACGAUGGCACCUAUGCAUAAUUGUACAGUUGACAAUGCUAUCUUUUGUAAUGAUGAAUCUCUGGAGUACCCAGAAUGUCAACUCAAAUAUAGAAUGUAUAGUAUAUUUUACGACUCCGGUGCUCGGAAUCAUGAAAAGUUUGUGUAUUAUAGUCAACCAAAAGAAACUUGGUACAAAUAUUAAUGCUGCUAUUGAUGAUUGGCUGUCUGUUACAAAUAACAAAGAAAAAAAUAUUAUGAAGAAAUAUGCGACUCAAGCGAAAGUGUUUACUUAUACGUUAUUAGUUUUCUUCGUUGUAUUUCUUGCUUUUUAUCCGUUAGCCAUCAUAUUUGUGAAUACCAAGCAAAUAUUCUUCAAGGAUGAUUCAGUAAAUGUUAAUACAUCAAAUUGGGUAUUUAUAAUUCCAUCUGGUCUAUUGAGUAAUUCAAUCACUGGUUUACAAUUCGUGAUAAUCUUGGCUAUCCAGAUUAUUCAAAUAGUCAUAGUGGCUUUCAAAAUAUAUAUGGCGGACACCUUCAUGUAUAACAUCACAAUACAUCUCACCGGUCAACUCAAGAUACUUAAAAAUAAGUUCAAAACUUUUGCGAAUAAGAUGGACACUGAGUUAGAUUAUCAAAAGAAAUUUGUCAACUUAAUUAACAGAUUUUGCGAACUAACGGAAUUGUAUCAAAAUUUAGAAGACAGCUUCAAUUUACUUAUACUAUUUCAAAUGGUGGUAUCGACGGUUUUGCUUGUAUUCAUAGGAUUGCUUUUAGAGGUACAGUUAAAAAAGAAUAAUCAUGUCGAAUCAGUGAAGUUUGUUUUUGCUUUAGUCGUCAUCUUAACGCAAUCGUUGGUACCUUGUUAUAGUAGUGAAUACCUGCAAGAGGAAACUGAAGGUAUAUUCUAUGCAUUAUAUGAAACUUCCUGGUAUACGCUUCCUUUAGCAUUGAAGAAGGAUCUGCAUUUCGCAAUGAUGAGAUCAAGAAUUCCGUUUCGUUUUACCGGUGGAAAAUGUUUCUAUGUUAAUUGUGAAACAGUGAAGUAUAUCCUGAAAACAUUAUCGGAUGAAAUAAAUCAAAAGAAAUUGCUACUGUUUGAAGUUCUAAAGUAUUUAAAAAUGAAAUCAUCUAUAAAAUGGAAUGCUGAAACUAAAUACGUUUUAACGCUUUAUAAAUAUCUUCUUGGUACAAUUGGACUCUGGGUGUUAGAUGAAAAUAAAUUUUCAAGAAUUCGAUGGUUUAUGUCGACGAUAAUAGAACUAAGUGCAACGAUCAGCCUGUCUUUGGAAAUUAUUAGACACUGUCGUGGUCACGAGGACGCAUUGGACGCUUUUCUAUCGGUGUCCACAUCAGUAACUAGUAUAGCAAAACUGCUCUUGCAUCGUGUGAGCUGGAGAUAUAAAUUAAUUUUGGUGGAAUCUAUCAUCCAUGACUGGAGUUUUGUGAAAAAGCCUUAUUCUCGCAAUAUUAUGCUAAAGUACGCGCGCAUUAGUAGGAUGGGAUCCUUGGUAUUUUUUUACUUCGGGUGUGCUUCUUGCGUGUUUCUCUUCUCGCCCCUUAUAUUCGCCAAUUUUAAUCUGCUCUCGAUCUCUGAAGAACAGCUUCACAACAGAACGAGCGAAAAGAGAUUGCUUUUAGCAGCUUAUUGCAUCUUCGAAAGUUAUACAUCUUCCGCUUACGGCUUUAUUCUAGUCCUGCAGAUAUUACAAAUUCUUGUCAACUGUACCUCGCAGUGUGGAAACGAUGGAUUCUUCUUUAAUCUCACAAUGCAUGUGUGCGGACAGUUCGAAGUUCUCAGAAUGGACUUUGCUGAAAUAGAUAGCAAAGAAUUUUUUAAUGGCAAAAAACUUGGUAUCCUGUUGAAGAGACAUAAUCGUCUUAUAUAUUUGGCGCAUUAUUUGCAAAAAGCAUUUAGUCUGGUCAUCUUAUCGCAACUUUUAAUGAGCGUCAUUCUAUUAUGCGUCGAAGGCUUUCAAUUAAUCCUUACGCUUUCGAUGCACAAUACGUACGCUGCUAUGAAACACUUUCUUUUUAUCGUUGUACUGCUGGUACAACUUUUUCUCUAUUGCUUCGCGGGACAAACGUUGGAAUUUCAAUCGCGAGAAUUAGCCUCUGCGAUAUACGAUACGCCCUGGUACAAUUUUGACGUGAGCGUGAUGAAAAGUUUACCACUGAUGAUUCUACGCGCAUCUAAUCCUCAUCAUUUAACCGCAGGAAAAUUUCUAGCAAUAAAUUUUAUGUGCUUUAAGGAAAUUCUGAAGGCUUCCGCUUCGUAUUUAUCUGUAUUGAGAGUAAUACUAGAAACGUGAGCAAAAAUAUUUUUAGUAAAGGAAAUAUUUUUCUCUUUUAUUGCGUCAGCCUGUUUUAACUGUAAAACUAAUAUCUUUUUAAAAUAUGACUUAGUAAAGUAAAACUAUUAUUAUUAUA